AUGAGCUCUUCUAUGACAGAGGAGGAAUUGAGCAGCAGCAUGUUAGCGCUGAUGAAUAUUGAGAACGAUGUCACCGAACAACAACAACAACAACAACAACAACAAACACAAGAUGAUGUCGUGGCAAGUCGUGUAUUUCAUAGCGAGGGUCUCAAAGAUUUUCUUGACAACCUCAAAGAGCUAGACCACACUUUGAUCAUACAGGAGGAGGCAAAAGAGGCCGCAGACAAAGCUCGAGCAAAGAGAGAAAAGAAGUAUGCAACUGUCCGGUUUGUGAAGACCAUAUUUGGGAUAUCGGGCAAUAAGUCGCACAAGAGACCAGCGCAGGAUGAUCCUCAGCACCAGCCAUUCAUAGAGCCGUUGAAUGAGAAGAUCGACGAGAUACAGCAGCCUGUUGUCAAAGAACAUGUUAUACACCCGUCGCCUUACUUCACCCCUUUGAAAUAUCGUUUGCAGCCUCGAAAAGAGCAAGCGAACUUGACGCCCUCGAGUAUGAAUGCGCUUACUCGCUCGAAUCCAGACGCUCCAGUCUCAGCAAUCACAAUCGCGCGCAACAGAGGAGAAGCUGCUCUAGCACUCUUUGGGUCUCAAAAUAUUUCAGCAGACAACAGUGUCGUUACAAGUUUGAGGGAACCCAGCCUGCCAACGAGAGCAACGCGCCGUAGAAGAAGCAGUGAUGUUGAGUCCAUAGACAUCAGCCAACCGUUAUCGAUCAACAUCGAUGCAGUACUUGCAUACAACAGAGAGGAGAUGUCAUCUUCUCCGUCUUAUGAGCCUGAUGAGCUAAAGCGUCAUUCGCAGCAGGUGUUUCGAUAUCAAAAGCAAGAUCUUGAGUACGUGAUCAUCCAAAUGGCUCAAAAUUCUUCCCACUAUGCUGCCUGGAGACAGUACAUGGAGUCAUAUUCUCAGGGUCAUUUUAAUCUUAUCAAUCCUCCACCACCUCCCCCACUCAGUUCAUCAUUCGAGUACCUACCAAGCGUCUUUCCGCCAGGAGAGGCUGAAAGAAUGAGACUGAGUCGUCAGUAUGACAUUCUGUGGCCACAGUGGGGUCAGGACAAAGCCGGAGACCUUAUUCGUUUGGCAAUGAAGAAAUUCAAGACCAGAUUCGUCUCUCUGAGCUUCUUUAACGAAGAAAGCGAGGUUUUCAAGGCUGAGAAUGGCUUUAAUCAAUCUCGAGUAGACCGAUCCAUUAGUCUCGCUGCGCAUUGUCUACUCUCAAAGGAUGUCCUAGUCAUUCUGGACACGAAGGAGGAUUGGCGAUUUACGAAUAACCCUUUGGUGACUACUCGACCUCACAUUCGUUUUUGGGCUGGGGCACCUAUGAUGUCUACAAGUGGAGAAGUCCUGGGGGUCUUUGCCAUAUUCUCAGCUAAGCCUCGAGUUUUAUUUACACCGGUCCAGCGUCGUGAACUCGCCGAGUUUACGUCGCUGGUCAUGAAAGACCUCAAGCUGCAAGUCGAUGCACUAGCAAACCUUCACCAGCGCUCGACGCCGAUUCUAGACCGAGAUUCUCUUAUCAACGCACCUUACGAGGCACAAAGCAUCAAAUCUGUUGUUAGAUCGAAUGUGAUUGAGUCCGAUCUUGUUCCAUCUGCUUUGACAUACCAAAAAGACAAAACCCCCAAGGCUAUGCAGUCUUGUUUGUUUCUCAACAGAACCAGUCAAGAAGCUUUGCUUCAGCAUUCAGAGCAGACACCACCAUCAUCGGCAGAGUCGAGCUCUGGAUACUUUGAAACUCCGACUAGUCUGAAGAAUCAACGUGAGAGUGUCUGUGACCAAUUUGGAAUGACCGCAGGUCAAUCUUUCCAGGAGUCCUUGUCAUCAUAUCCCACUGGCUUCAGGGUCUCGUCGCCUCGUCCGUUCUCGUCAUCGGAUUUGACAUCUCUGCAUCCUCAUCCGCCGAACACACCUAUUCAUUCAGUUAGAGAGGCAGAUCUGUCGAUUCAGCCGAAAUUCGACCUUGAUUGGAAUGAUUUCAAAGAGCUGACCGACGAAGACUGCGCCGAGCCAAUUCGACAAAGCUCUUCAGUUGUACCAAGAACUGUCAGAAGAAUGAACAGCGGCCGAUUCACAGGUACUCCAAAUAUGAAGCCAAGAUUCAACCAUCUAGAAAGCAUUGCUUCUCUAACCGACUACGAGCAAGAGUCUGGCAUGAACAAUAGCGACAAAAGUGAAUACCACUGCGAUCAGAGAGAUUUGGUCUGUGGCGUUAGCAGACCCCUUGGUCGCGAGGAAGCCGAAAAUUCCAACACACCAGCAUACAGAUAUUCUGAGGGGAAGUAUGCUGACACAUCAUCUCCAAAGCUUCUCAAUGUACCUCACACGCAAGCUGCUGCUGACAUAGUCUCGUUAAGAAUCGAUAGCAGUCCCUUGAUCGAUCUGUCGAUACCCGACAUCGAGGAUAACUCCCAUCAGCAAAUGGAAAAGAGCAUAGGCAUCUACAAUUCUCCAUCUACUAGGGUCAAGAGAAUGCCGUCUACUUUGACAGCCUAUACUUCAGAAUGUGUAUACAGCUUGUCAGAUGAAUGCUUAGAAGAGGCAGCUUACGCUUGUGCUUUCCAUGCCCAGAGUAUGGGUUAUGAUCUCAUCUAUGCUGUUGAGAUAAAGCCUGCACGACAAUUUAUGUCUGAACAAGAGCUUCUGGGACCUAAUGGUUUACACAAGAGAAUCUUGGUCGCUUACGGUCUGACUACGCCCCUUGACUUGGCUUCCGACAUGCAUAUUCGUGUUCUUCGAGGCCGAGGAGGUGAGCACUGGAACGACGAUUUGGCCGAUACUAGGCACGGAGAUGCCAAUUAUCAAACAGGGCUGCUGAUCCCGAUCCUCUCUGAAGGAGGACCGAAAAGACUCAGAAGUUCGGGAAUCGUCAUGGGUGCCUUUCGGAAGCCAGGGAGCAUGGCCAACGGUUAUGUCCAUAGCCCAGCAGCCGAUAUGGAGAGAUUAGUUGAUUUUGCAGACCAGCUGAAAGAUAUCUUCCAGAAGAAGGAACGAAAGCAACAUCGAUCUAAUACAGAAGCUCCAUUUUCAGCUGCAUACCCUGCCAACGAGGCUCAAGAGGUCGAGCUGAAGACUCACUCUUUCGAUGUUCCACGCAGCCGCAGAUAUUAG